AUGUCCUAUGCAACUCAGUCUCACACCAACAUCACUGUUGGACGGGGCUUACUGGAAAGAGUGAUGAUUUCCACUCUGACUACUUUACCAUGCUGUGUGUUUCUCUUCAUCAACGGGGUCAUGUUAUUCAUCUUGAGGAGUAAAACUGUGUUUCGUGAGACAUCCUGUUACAUUCCUCUGUUCAACCUCCUUUUAUCAGACACUCUACAUAUGGCACUGAGUCAGUUACUGUACCUACUGGCUGCUAGUAGAAUAAGGCUGACAUAUCCUGUCUGUGGUGUUCUCAUGAUGUUUUCUAGUCUCACAACCAGUGUCUCUCCUGUCACACUGGUGGUGAUGUCUCUGGAGAGAUAUGUAGCUGUGUGCUACCCACUGAGGCACUCUACCAUCAUCACCAUCAGAAACACAGCAGUGGCUAUCAUUGUGGUUUGGACUUUCAGUUCACUAAAUGUAUUCACAAGAGUUCUGUUACUGUUAGAUUUUCCAUUUGAAGAUCUGGAGAGUCUACAGAUGAAAGAAUUCUGUGCCAAGGAAAGCAUGUUUUUUGACCCAACAUCUCAUGAUUAUGACAAAAGGGGGAUCUUCUGUGCGUGA